AUGGAUGGAUCGUUUGUGCCUAGAAACAACAUUGAAGAGGCUAUACUUCUUUUAAUGAUUUUGCUUAGAAAAGUCACUCUAAAUAGAAUUGAGUGGGAUCCUUCAAUUUUGGACCACCUUUCAUUUGCUCUAUCUGUUUCUGGAGAUUUGAUGAUUUUAGCCAAUCAAUUGGAAGAAUUGCUUCCUGGAACUAUCCAUCGAAAGGAGAGGUUCCAUGCUUUAGCUCUUUGUUAUUACGGAGCAGGGAAGAACGUGGAAGCGCUGGAUCUUCUUAGAAAACUGCUGAGUAAUAGAGAGGACCCAAGACAUGUUCCAAGUUUGUUAAUGGCUUCUAAGAUUUGUUGCGAGAACUUCAGUGUUACAAAAGACCCUGGGGUAAGCUUUGCUCGGAUGGCACUUGAGAACUUGGAUGGAAGAUGUAAUCAGUUAGAAAAUAUGGCCAAUUUCUUACUUGGUGUUUCACUUUCUGCAUACUCGAAAUUUGCAAUUUCUGAUGCUGAGAGGGUUAAGAGACAAUCUGAGGCACUUCAUACCCUUGAAAAUGCCUGCAAAUUGAGCAGAAUGGAAGACCCUGUUGUAUUAUACCAUCUGAGUUUAGAAUAUGCUGAGCAACGGAAGUUGGAUGCUGCACUUCAUUAUGCUAAGUGCAUUGUAAAACUUGAAGUUGGCUCUAAUGUUAAAGGUUGGUUACUGUUAUCUAGGGUAUUAUCCGCACAAAAGCGGUUCUUAGAUGCCGAAUCUAUUAUCAAUGCUGCUUUGGAUCAGACUGGGAAAUGGGAUCAAGGUGAUUUGUUACGAACAAAGGCGAAACUUCAGAUCGCUCAGGGCCAGUUAAAGAGUGCCAUUGAGACAUACACUCAGCUUCUUGCUGUUCUUCAAGUUCAUAGUAAAAGUUUUGGUUCUCGGAAUAAGCUAUUUAAGUUCUUCACCUUUGGCUCUGAUAAUUGCGCUUUAGCUUUAUCAAAUUACUUGCACUUCAAUGUCACAAACCACAGUGUGUGUUCUGCUGCUUCUCCUAGCUUGAAACUUGGAGGCAGAGGGGAUUCGAAUUUGAAUUUUAGGAGGUUUUUUAAUGAUUUCAACACCGCUAUUAGGUUCCACACUCAGAAAUUGCCAAUUGGAUUUGAUUCUCCUGCCUUGAUGCUAGGGAUAAUAGUGAUGAUAUUGCCUUGCUACUCAGUAGCUAUGAGGAAUGUUAUUCUAGGGAUAAUAGUGAUUUCAACGCAGCUAUUAGGUUGA